ACCGGAAUUACCCCUGUUCUAUAUGUUUUGUCUGCUUCGUACUCGAUGUGCAGUCCAGACAGCGGAUCCCAUUCAUUGCUCUACUUCUCCACGUACAUCAAAGGGGACACGCCUUUUCCCGAGUUCAGCGCAGUGCUGAUGCUGGAUGAUAUUCCACUUGCUUACUAUUCCUCAAAUGGACAAAAACAUUUUCCAAGAGGACCUAUGAAUGAAGAGGAAGUCUUCCAUUUUGCUGACCAGAAAUAUACCAUGUUUGUGUUAACCAGUAUGCACAACCGUAUCAGAAAUAAAGCAGAUAGAUAUAUUCAUAAUUACAAUAACACACAUGGUAUUCCCUUCCUCCAGAGUAUAUUUGGUUGUGAUUUACUGGACCAUAGUGCACCUGGAAGAAUGAUAUACAAAGAGUCUUUCAAUGGAGAUAUUGGAGAUGAGAUACAUCUAAGUAUUUCUGACAACACCUUUCAAUCAGUGUUCCGAUGGCCAGGAGACUGGAAUAUUCUACAGUCAAAUUACUGGAGAUCGUUACUCAUCGAUGUUAUGGAGCCUUUCUGCCUUACAUCACUUCACAAACUUUUUAAGAUCAACAGGAAACAUGUAAUGAGAAAAGUUAAACCCAGAGUCAGGCUCUUCCAGAAGGCCCUCCCAGACUCUGGUGGGAUGAAAGUGACUUGUCUGGCCACUGGGUUUUACCCCCGUCACAUCAACCUGACCCUGUUCAGAGAUGACCAGCCUUUGGAUAGCCACCAGAUCACUGGAGGGGAACUGUUACCUAACGGAGAUGGAACCUACCAGAUGAGGAAGAGCCUGGAGGUCAGCACAGAUGAUCUAAAGGAGAACUACCAGUACACGUGUAAGGCUGAGCAUCUCAGCCUGGACAACAAGUUGGACAUACCUUUAGAUUAUGAACCUUAUCCAGGCCAGAAACAUGUUGUGGUAGUGGUGCUGAUAGCACUGGUUUGUCUAACUGUAGUCAUCAUCGUCUUCGUCUUCGUCUUCUGCAGGAAAAGAUGCAUGGCCAACAACAGAUGCUUGAGGAUCCACCAGGGAAGGAAGAAAUGCCUGGAUGAAGGAGAACAGGGGCCCAGCAGUGAGCACACCUUGUUAGGAAGUAGCUCAAGUCAGUCGGUUGAAGUCCAGCGGCGCAUUGAGCACCAAAGACCACAGAAUAUCAGUACCCCUGCUACAGCGGAACAAGGACCUGACACACCUGCACAGAAUGGUGGGCAUCAUGCAGCUGGUGAACAGCAAAGACAAACCAAACAGACUAAGAAGGACACAUGUAGUGGGUAG